UUGCUGUUUGUUACUACUACUACUACUACUACUACUACUACUACUACUACUACUACUACUACUACUACUACUACUACUACUACUACUACUACUACUACUACUACUACUACUACUACUACUACUACUACUACUACUACUACUACUACUACUACUACUACUACUACUACUACUACUACUACUACUACUACUACUACUACUACCACUACUACUACUACUACUACUACUACUACUACUACUACUACUACUACUACUACUACUACUACUACUACUACUACUACCACUACUACUACUACUACUACUACUACUACUACUACUACUACUACUACUACUACUACUACUACUACUACUACCACUACUACUACUACUACUACUACUACUACUACUACUACUACUACUACUACUACUACUACUACUACUAGGUGA